AUGUUUUUCAGGGAAAACGGGGACGCCAGCUGGGCGGGGAGAGCCGGCGGGCGCGGAGUGGGCAGCGGAGGGGGCCUGGCUCCGGCGGCGUGGUGGCUGCUGUGGCUGCUGCUGGGCAGCGGCGGGGCGCAGUAGGAGUACAGCUUCCAGGGCUUCCCGCCCGAGGACCUGAUGCCCCUGGCCGUGGCCCACGGGUACGCGCUGGAUCAGGAUGAGGGCGAGAGCUGCCGCAAGAGCGUGCAUUACCUCGAGGUGGCGCUUCGAAGGCACCGGCUUCUGCGGGACAGGCCUUCCCCGCCAAUUGCAGCGGCUCCGAGCCCUCAGCCACCGCGCCCCCGGGCGGCGGCGGCGGCGGCGGCGGCGGCGGCGGCGGCGGCGGCGGCGGGUGGGCGGGCCCGGGAGCUGCGGCUCUUCAGCCAUGUCCUGGAGCGCGCCGCCUUCCAGGUGCCCUACCCGCCACGCCAGCUGCUGCGUGACUUCCAGAGCCACCUGCCCUACCAGUACCUGCACUACGCACAGUUCAAGGCUAACCGGCUGGAGAAGGCGGUGGCCGCCGCCUACACCUUCCUCCAGAAGAACCCGAAGCAUGCGAUCACCACUGACGGGCUCCUCCCGAACUUGGAGGCCCAGUCCGAGGAGGCCGUCUUCCUCCGGGCUGCGAAGCUCUACAACAGCGGUUUCCGGAGCAGCACGGAGGACAGGGAGCGGGCCCUGGCCGAGUACCUGGCCAUCUUUGCCCGGUGUCUGGCUGGCUGCGAGGAGGCCCACGAGCAGGCGGACUUCAAGGACUUCUACCUAGCCAGAGCAGGGCCUCUGACGUCUCUUUGACCACUCCCACUGGUUGCCACGGACAGGGCAGCUGCCCUCGGGCACAUGGCCUGGCCUUGGCCACCACUCCUACCUCGUCUCCCCUCCUCGCUCAUCAACUUGCAGCCCUUGGAGCCUUCACUCUGUGCCAAGAAUGCAGUCAGCUCACUCCUGCUGCAGGACUUCUGCUCGUCCUGGGACACUCACCCUCAGGAUCUUUGAGGAUAACUGACUUCCUGGCUGACUCCUUCUGACCUGUACUGCCUUUCCUAACGUUGCUCCAGGAGGCCUUCCCCAAACAUACCCUGUACAAGAGCCACCCAGCCCCUCACUGUCACCUCAGCCAGUUUUAUGAUCCUUGUAACACCUAUCACUGUCUAAAUCGCUCCUGUUCAUUUAUCUGCUUGUGUAUCAUGUAGCUCUCUUCAGUAGACUGUCAGCCCCAUGACAGCAAGGGCUUGGUGCUCUGAUUUGUGGGCAUGUGAACCACACACACAUACAUACAAGACACAGACCAUCAAAAAUCCAUUCUGAGAAGCUGUGAGUCUGUAGACCGAGGUCCAGUUCUACCCAAAUGUGCACCUCAGUAAUAUUUGGAAGUAGACCACCUACUUCACCUCUGGGCAUGGACUGGUCAGUGACUCCAGGGUCCUCCCCAGAAAGGACAAGUGGGAGCUUGCUGGUCGUCACAGAACUCACGUCUUCUCCUGGUGUUUUGACUGAAAUAACAAUCAGCCUUGGCACAAAGGUGAAUUCAAGUGUCCACCACAAAACUGCUUCUACUUUUUAAAAGGCAGUGUGUUCAGGUCUGGUCAUCAAGGUUUCCCAAGGCCUCCUGGCCUCCACACACCCGCUUACAGCCCUGCCCUGGGCCUUCUUGUUGGCUCUUCUUCUGCAUCAUCUCUGGUGCAAACACCUGGGGGGGGGGGGCUUGAUUACCUGGGAAUGGCUUUAGCUGUGCUAGCCCCUCUGUGAUAGUUUUUUAAAUGUUAAAAGCACAGAAGGUGACUCUUUAUGUGUUUUCACAAUCAGAAAGGGGGAGAGGAAGCCUUUAAAGUCUGAGUAGGCCAAGAACGGAGCACUUGCCAGCAAAUGAGGAGUAAGGAGGGGGAGGCUGAGGGAUGUGAAGGAGGCGGGCGGGGGAGGGGGAGGGCC